UAUUUAUUUUUAGGUAGAGCGCCCUCCCUCAGUGACCUACUGCGACGAUACAGUUAAGCUCCAUUGAUCAAAGCAUGCUCCCAAUGAGUCAUAUAUCAAUAGCGCCGAAGUGUUAAUGAUGAUGAUGGCCAUUUCCCACGUGGACCGCACGUGUGCUAACGGUGCGAUCCUCCAGGACAGGUUUCCGCAUGCCACCCCGGCUCCAGGACGCUGGAGGAAUACAUAUGACCCGGGUGGACACUAGAUAUAUAUACCUGGCCAGGACUACCCCCACCGCCACUUCUCGUCCUGUCCACGGUCUGUCACCAUGCUCAUUGAUAUCAUUAUUACAGGUGCGAAGAGGCCUCCCUCUGGAGCGGUUCUCGCUUCCUGACAACGCCACCGCCAUCCGGGAGAACAUCGCCACCUCCUUCAGUUGCCAGUCACGGAGCUACGGCUAUUACGCCGACCUGGACAAUGACUGCCAGCUAUUCCACGUCUGCCUUCCUGUCGUAUGGGACACCGACGGCACCGAGCAGACCUUCAUGUGGAGUUUCAUCUGCCCCCAGGAAACCAUCUUCAACCAGGAAAGGUUCAUAUGCGCAAGACCUGAAGACGCAGUGCCCUGCCAAGAAGCCGCCAUGUUCUACAGCCUCAACGAAAGAUUUGGCGAGAGGCCUUCGCUGAACGAGCCCACAGAGCCUAGUGAUUUCGAGUCCACGGUCACAGUGAUAGACGCUCGAUGACCAAAAAAUAUAGUUAUCAAUAGUAUCAUCAGUUUAAAACUAAACAUUGUAGCUUAAUUAAACGUUUUUUAUACUUUUGUAAUAUACAGUGGAGCUCAUUUAAAUACCCUGUUAUCAGCAACUAGAUAAAAACGAACAUGUAAUGACAA